UGUUUGCUAUGUUACUUUUUAUGAAGGUGCAGUCUAUGUAAUGGAGCUGAGCUCACUGGCUCCCCUGACUGCAGUCGUGCAUGUGAACUGCAUCAGAUUGCAGAACUAGUCGCAUCACCAGUGUACUGCAGUGGAAUCCAGAUCCUGAGCACACCCUGCUGCAGCCUGCAGAGCUGGCACAGCAGUCACACAACACGGACGGCCGGAGGCUGUAGCUUUACCGAGCAGUUAGAAGAGACGAGCUGCAGGAACACCGCUAAGCAGGAUGGCUCUUAAUGACAAAGACCCGAUGCCUGAAGUGGGGACUCUGUCCCCGAGCCAACUGCAGUCCCACCUCAAGAUGGAGCCCAAGACUCUGGGGGCAAUCCAGAUCGUUAUUGGGGCUUUGAUUCUCUGUCUGAGUGCCUCUGUGCUCCAGAUCCACGAGGUGCACUUCACGGGAGAUGUGGCCCUCUUCCUGAUUGUUGUCAUACAGGUGACCUUAUCUGGCUCCGUGUUGGUCCACAGUGGGAGGAAACCUACUCUGUUUUGGGUGAAAUGUGUGCUGGUGCUGCACCUCAUCAGCGCUGCAUUUGCAACUGCAGCCCUGGGUCUGAUGUCCAAACACCUGCCGUACCGCCAGGACUCGUACCACUGUGAACACUGCCGCAAGCUGGAGCUACAUGCCGUGCAACAUUGUUUCAGGAAAUGCACCGGGCUGAUCGAGCAAAAGUGUAAACUGUUGAUUGACGGGAUCCUGGGGACCCUGGUGAUCUUCCUUGUGCUGGAGCUGUUGAUCUGCAUCACUGCCAUGCUGUUCGGCCUCAGUGUCCUAGCUGCUGGUGGAACCCAGGCUACCAGCCAGAGACCUGUCUAUCCACAGACUCGCCCCCCACCUGCUCCAGCUGCCGCAGAGCUGUCUCAGGUGGCUGUAGUUGUGACUGAACCAGAUUCAGAGCUGAUGGAGGACAUCUCCACCCCACCCACUGAACCCCAGGUGGAGCCCAUAGAAGCUGUGACCACAGAUCCCUGAACUCACCACACACUGCUCCUAUGUGGUGUCAUGUCAGUCAGAGUGUAAAUAUGAAUGUCAACUGGGGAAAGACUAUUCCUGUCUACCUCCUGGCGGCCAUUAUAAUUAGGACUCUGUAAUCUACUUUUUAGCUUGAUAACUCAUGAAUCAAAGGGACAGCAAAUCUGCUGAUGGUAGCAGUCCAAGGUAAUAAACAGAAGAAGAAUUGGUCAAAAUAAAUGAGUGUCCCAACAAGUUGUCAAAGGUUCAUCGUGUCCUUUCACUUCUGGCAUGACAUGAAUACUGAAUCAGUAUUAGCACUGCAACACUUACAGUACAGUAUGUUGUGCUUAUGAUAUAAAUUAGUGUUACCAGUAAUGUUGAAAUACUAAGUUAGUAAAAUAAGUAGAGAGUAGAGAAAAAUAGUAUAGAGACAUAAAAAACUGAAAGACACAACCAGAUUCUCAGCUUGGACAGCGAGGGGAAGCAAAGAUCUUGGUCACAUUUAAGAGUAUGUUGGAUAUAUUCACUUCACUAAUAGUAUGUGCACAAUCUGUGUAAAUGAGAGUGAAGGCAGAUUCAAUAUGUAACCUUGUGCUAUUUUGCCUUUUAAACAUCUUAAACUUCU